AAAACACUGGAGGCCGUCUUUCCACAUUCCGCUCGGAGGAAGACACACCCUCAGAUCCGGAGGAGGAGAGGUUCAGCCGGGCCAGUUGAAGGGAUGCAGAGAGAGAAGAGACGCUUUCUGUGGGUCCUGUUUGGAUCCUGAAUAAGAGUUUCAGGGUCUCAUGAGCUUCUGACAAAGAGCAACAGGUGGGCAACAGACAUGGAAAUCAGAGCCAAACAUUGGACUCCUGAUCUCCAAUGACCUGUGUCACCAUGCCAACUCCUAUGAUCCUCACAGCAACCAGGAGUCCUCAGAGAAGUUGCUAGGUUUACAAGCCCAUUUACAUCUCUGUGAGGCUACAUAAUCUGGAUCCCCUCCAGCACUGAGAAAGACAGAGAGUGCAGGAAGGCAGAGAUGGUUUACGAGUCGGGUGUCCUGCUGCUUUUCACAUUGCUGGUGAAGACGAGACUCGUGGGUGGAUGUGUUUGUCCAGCAGCCACUGUCUUGUCCCAGUUUCCCUCUGAGGUGUCUGCUGGCGCCUGCUGCCUGAACUACUCUGGCUCUGCUUUCAGCCAUGUGCGUUGGUCUGUGUUUACCAAUGAGACAAACAUAGAGAUACUUGAUCUCUCCAACUGUAAUAUCACUUCUGUUGAUAUGCAUGGCAAAGUGGCCUCUACGCUGCAGAAGGUUUACUUAGAUCAUAACAGACUAACAACAUUGCCAAGGGAGUUUCUGGCCAGCCAACCUAGCCUGAUGGAGGUGGAUCUGAGUGGAAACCUGCUUCAGGAGCUUCCUGAGGGCUUUCUUCAGGACUCGGACAACCUCCAGAGGCUUUAUCUGCAGGGAAACCAGCUCCGCUUCCUCCCCGGCUCUGUGCUGCAGAAGCCCAGCCUUAAAAGGCUGGAGCUGUAUGGAAACCCCUGGGACUGCUCCUGUUUGUUACUGGAGGGCCUGGAAGAAGGCAAGCAGGCUAAUAGGACCACCAAGCUGCAGGAUCUUGUGGGGAACCUAACCUGUGCCUCUCCCAGGAAUCUGGCCGGCAGGGUCGUGUGGUCGGCGAGGCUUAGUGACGUGUGCCGCCCAGCUGGCCUUACCGCGCUCUUCAUCGUGCUCCCCCUCCUUAUCCUCUCCGCCUUGGUGCUCUGCUGGUGCUGCGGGAGGAAGAGGAAGAAGAAAGAAGCACCUGUGUUCAGCACCUCAAAGAAAAGAGCCUCCAGCUGUAACGGGCAGAAGCAUCGCAGCAAGCAGCCACCUGGAGCAGGUGAGCAGUAUAAAGCUGGAGGCGGUGGACACGAGGGGAUCCUGAAGAAUCAGCUGCUGCUACGCCCGGCAUCCGCCCUCCUGGGCAGCACUAGAGACAUCUAUGAGGAAGUGGAGAUCAAGCUGGGCUCCGUGGAGUCUCUUCCUCGAGCCUCCUCCUGCUGUUCCAGCACCACGGAGGGGAGGCAGGGCUCCCAGGAGCCCGACAGAGCCAGCAAGACGGAGCUGGACACAGUCAGUGUGACAGAAGUGAUGAAAGACUCAGCUGACAGGGAGAAAGCUUACAUGACCCAGUCCACUGAGUACUACAGCCUGGUGCCAGGUAUCGAACUGGAGGACUCGGACCACGGCGAGUAUGAGAACGUUGACCUCUCAUGACACCAUCUCAACAGACUAGAUUGACAUUUUGGGAAAUACAUUUAUUUGCAUUCUUGCUGAGAGUUACAAGAAAAGAUCUUUACUACUCUCAUGUGUGUGUGUCCCUAAAAACCUUCUUGUUAAACUGAGGGAUGGAUUUUACAUGAACACAUUUUCUGCUGAUUUUGUUAUUUCAAAAAAGAGGGUUUUUUUGUAUUUUUGGUUUGAAGGGGGUUAGACUCAGAUGGAAAAAGGAGGUUGUCUCGUACUUCUAUGCACCAAUCACAAUUUGGCAACAUUUAAAUUAUAAUAAUAAUAAAAUAAUAAUACAUUUAAUUUGUACCACACUUUUCAUUCAUAGUAAAUCUUUAAGUACUACAGCAUAAAGAAAAUAAUUAGAGUGAAGAUGAAAAAGGCUUCCUGAAUAGAAAUGUGAUGACAGUUGUUGGUUGUUGCAUUAUGCAGGGAGGACACUGUCAAUUAAUCUGAUCAAAACACACCCACACACUCAAUGUCAAUAUGUGGUUUUACAGGGAAUUAUAUGCUGUAACUAUUUCUCAUCAAACAACAGCCUAAAGCUGAGAAUUCCCAGAGCGUCUUGAGUUUGACGCCGCAUAGAAGUGCUGGAUAAACUAUUGUUUGUCAACAGACAAACAGUAUAAAGCUCCUUUUUCCAUUUCUGUUUAUGUACAAAUUAAACAAACGAGAUACAACUUGUUAAUUUGAGAGUUAAUUUGUGAGUGUUGGAAGGCAGAUUUUUUAACUAUGGGCAGUCAGGCUAGCUGUUUCCCUCUGUUUCCAGUCUUUAUGCUAAGCUAAGCUAAUCAUCUCCUGACUCCAGCUCCAUAAUCUUCUCAUUUCAUUAUCGGCAAUGAAUAAGCAUAUUUCCUAAAAGUUAUUCCUUUAAAAGCACUGAAGAGAGACAGUAUGUGUGUGUGUGUUAUCUACUGACACAGAGACAGUGUGGUUCAACCACUGUAGUAUCACAAUGUAAGAGGAAGUGAUUUAAUCCGGAGCUUUUCCUGUGGGACCUGAGGAACGCAGUGACGGUUUGAAAGGGAGGCCCACUUUUUUUUUUCUCUCUGGAAAAAACUAGCAAUUUUAAAGACACAAUAGCACAAAGACGUUUAUUUUAUUUAAUGCUGCACUCCAUGCAAAUGUACACUUAAUACUGUUUUCAAGCCUAUUACAAAAGCAAUACACAUUUUUGAGUUACUGUAUGUUUUGCUUGAUUAUUCAGUCCAUCUGGGAGGUUUUUUUUUGUGAUUAUUGCAGCCAAAAAUGCUUGAUUUUGCAGUGCUAUUCUCAAAAAUUGCGAUACAAUUUGUUAUGUUUUAUGUGCUCUUUUUGUGGUAAAAUUGCAGGAAUUGGGGAAAAUAAUGUGACAAUUGGUCCAAAUCACAAGCAGUCUGUUGAUUUGACCGUUUCAUGUGGAAAAGUGAUAAUUUAGCAAUAUUGCGGAGAUUUCUUGAAUUUGAGUUUAUUAUUGAGAUCGCAAAAUUGCAAUUUCCUGGAGGGACUGGUUAUUCUAAGUCAUGCAAGCUUUUGUAUGUACUUUCCUUUGCCUCACCCAUGUGUGAUUGUUAUAUGCAUUCCACUUAUUAUUUUGCAUACAUGAUGUUCUGGAUGAGACUCUUUCACUUGAAGCUGCGCAACCAGAAAUGUAGGUGCUGAACAAUGACUAAUCCCAUUGCAACGCUCACAGUUAAUUCAUUGCGAAACGUGGAAUGUAAAGCUUAGAUGAGAAGUCUAAAUUUAUAUUGUCAAGCGCAUGAAAGGAUACUUACUCUUGUGUGCUUUCCGUCACAUACUAAAAUGUGCACAUAGGUUGGAAAAUGCCAUAGCAGUCAGAUCUAAAUGCUGAUGAAUGCUGGUUUAAGAUAAAAAUCUCUGUAGUGCCGGUUCAGUAAACUGAGAUAUAGUGCACUUCUGAGCAGCGGUGCUACAACAUAAUGACACUGGAGAGGAGACCUACUGUACACAAAAGACAACACUGAACAUUGGGGUCAUCAUGAAGGGGCAGAGACUCGAUCGUUAUCUAGGAAGUGGAAAACAGACAGACGUCUCACUUCUCACACUUGUUGGCUUUGAAUACUAAUUGGUUCAUGUUCAGUGAGAGUGGGAGCAGCGAAGGGUGUGGAACUUCCUGGAAUGAAAAAAAAAAUUGAGGCAUAUUUUCCAGACGGGUUUUCACAUAUUUUCCAUCAAAGCUUUAUAUAUCAAUGAUGUAAGGUUUACUGCUUUCCAAAUGCAAAUGCCUUUAGGUCAAGACACUCAGAAAAGUGUAGCAAAAACAUGAUUUUACUGAGAUAAAUGAGUUUAUGAUGGAUUUUGUAAUUUUGUACAGUUUCUGCUCAGACAAAAAACAUGAAUUCAUUGUAAACAGGGCCGUAGCUACAAUAAGGGACACUGAUGUUAUGCCUGCUGUAUGCUUUUUUCUUAGUUGUUUUUUUUUUUUUUUUUGCGAGGGGGGGUUAAUGUGCUGAUGUUUUUUUUUCCAACCUGGGAGGAUCAAAUCCUCUAAUUGACUGUUCACUCAAUCCCGCCAACCUGUUGCUACGCCUUUCAAGCUUUACCAGGCAGUUCAUUGUCAUAACAGUGGCAGAUUUAUCACUCAAAAUUCUAAUUAAUUUUAGAAAAAGCAAAAGCAGGCUUCUCAUUUCUACAGUAAGCAGCAACUGUAGAUUUUCCCGGCUAAAAUGGCAACUGUUGCUACCAGAUUUUAUCAGCUGUAGUAGUUAGGUUAGCUCAUUAAGCUAACAUUAGCUCCAUGAGUUGGUUAAAAUUGCUGGCUCUAGCUGAGUUUUUAUGUAACACUCUUCUAAAAGGAGUUAAAUAUGCACUUAAUGGCUACAUACAUGAUUUUGUGCUAAAAGACUGAGGCUAAAGCUAGCAGGUUAAAAAAAAAAUCAGCGUCCUCACCGGUUGAUAAUCUGAAGAAGACAAGGAAAUGACAGUUUGUUUAUGUAUUUCAGUAUAGAGCUAGUUUGUCCAAGUAUGUAUAAUGAUAGAAUAUUUAACAAUCCCUGUUUAGCUGCUUAACAGUAUGUUUUACUUUUAACAUUAUGAGAGAAAAGGAACCAUGUGUUUGGGAAACGUGCUGUCUCAGGUAACAUUACCAGGUUUGCUGGAGUGUGAACUUCCCUAAAACCAGUAAAAAGCCGUUAGAGAUGCUAAGUGCUAACGUUAACUCCGAUAGCAUCCAUUUGCAUACUACACAGUGAAUGUGCUAGUGAUGAGCAGAGCUUUUUAAAACAUAAUGUGUAACUAACACCACAAACUAUUGUAGAUUUUAGUUAGUUUACCAUCGAAGCUAAUGUUUGUGCAGAUUAGCACAUUGUUUAAUCAAUUCUUCACACUUUUUAAAAGGACACUACGUUAUCUGCGCUCACUUCAACAUGAAAUGAGAAAUCCAAAACUCAACAGACCUGCCUCGCCUUGUUACAGUUGCUAAGCUAUCGUUGCAUAAUCCAAGUUCAUGUCAUGGGAGCGGUUUAGCGAAUAGUCAGUUAAAACCUUAUGGCAUAUAUUUUAAAAGCUGAUUCCAGUAUUUUUAGACUCAAUAUAUUUAAAUUUGAUUACUGUUGGGGCCGACAAAAUAAUAAAUAACAGCUUCACCAUUUCUCCCCUAGAAUUUAAUUCCUAGCAGUUUGGAGAAGAUUUCCUUCUGGGAAAUAAAAUGUACAGAAAAUGUAUUAUAGUACUAUUAAAAGUACUAUUAGAGAGAUUAAUUAACUGAAUAAAUAAAACAAAAAAAUCCAAAUAAUACUACACAUUUAGAGACCUUUUUGAUUUAUAGUCUAAAUGAUCUAAGGCUCUAUAGCUAUGGUCCUGAUUAUGAAGUUUGAAGUGAAAUUAGGUCUCUUUGAGUGUUUGAUGGCAGUUUAUCUUAAAUGCUGCACUAUCAGCUACUAAAUAACAUCCUGUAAAUAAAAUGGGAAUACUGGUAUAAUAUGUAAUAAAAGCACUGACUUUAAUUGUUGUGUUUAUACGGGCAGAUGCACUAUCUUUAUUGUUUUUUUGUAUGCAAAAUGUUUUAAUAUUGUUGAAAGAAAAAUAAAUGCUCUUUUCAAGA